UUCCCCGUUUAUUUGCUGUUGUCCUUCAAUUUCCCUCCUCCCCCACCAUCGUCAUCGUCGAUAACCACGGUUUCUUUCAACCAUCAAAAUGCAGGUUCCAUUACUUCGACUCCAGUGUGGUGUCAAUAGCUACGACUGGGGCAAAACCGGCCAUGAUUCUGCGGCCGCCAAGUACGCAGCUACCUCAUCGGACUCGGAUUUCUCGAUAGAGGCCGAGAAGCCCUAUGCAGAGCUAUGGAUGGGCACACACCCCUCGCUCCCCUCCAAAGACUUGGAGACAAAGCGAACCUUGCUCGACAUGGUUCAGGAUAACCAGGCUCUGAUGUCCGCUGAGGUCAGCGAGCGAUAUGGUGGAAAGUUGCCGUUCCUUUUCAAGGUUCUUUCGGUCCAGAAGGCUCUCAGCAUCCAAGCCCACCCCAACAAGAAGCUUGCAGAGAAGCUCCACGCCAAAGAUCCUCGCAACUAUCCCGAUGACAAUCACAAGCCUGAAAUGGCCAUUGCCAUCACUCCGUUCGAAGGGCUGUGCAGCUUCCGUCCUCUGGCUCAAAUCACACACUUCCUGAAAGCUGUCAAACCCCUCCGGAAUCUGGUUGGAGACCAGGCUGCUAGUGAGUUUGAGCGCACAGUGCAGGGUUCCGAAGAGUCGGAGGUUCCUAGCGUAACGGCCAAGAACAAGGAUGCCCUGCGCACGCUUUUCACCACGUUGAUGAAGUCGUCACCCGAGGACAUCGCGGCAGCUACCAAGGACCUCGUUGCAGCUGCUCAGCAGCCGGAGACUUUUGCUACCUCGUCCACCUCUCCCGAGACCAACCCAAGCAAUCCAGCCGAAUUGGCAGCCAUCAUUACUCGCCUAAACGGCCAGUUCCCCGAUGAUAUCGGCCUCUUUGUAUUCUUCUUCUUGAACUUCGUGAAACUCGCUCCGGGAGAGGCUAUGUUCCUGAAGGCCGAUGAUAUCCACGCCUACGUCUCCGGCGAUAUCAUCGAAUGUAUGGCCUCGUCCGACAAUGUCGUGCGGGCCGGUUUUACACCCAAGUUCAAGGAUGUGGAUACACUCACGGACAUGCUGACGUAUUCAUAUGCGCCCAUUGAGGAGCAGAAGCUGAAGCCGACCGAUUAUCCGUAUGUAGUGCUCAACGCGUCUGCGUAUUCGAGUGCUUCGUCCUGCCUUCUCUACGACCCCCCGAUUGAGGAAUUCAGUGUCGUCAAAACGGAACUCCGGAGACCCGGUGCCAAGGCGACCUUUGACGGACUGGUAGGGCCUAGCAUCCUGAUCUGCACAGGCGGCACAGGAAAGAUCACCGUCGGCCACAAGACGGAGGAAGUCAAGGAGGGCUACGUGUUCUUUGUAGGAGCCAAUGCUGAGUGUAUCAUUGAGAGCACCGACAGUGGAGAAGAGAACCCAUUCGUCACCUACAAGGCAUUCUGUGACUUGACCGGCAAGGAAGACAUGGCGAAUGGCAACUGAACCGCAAUCCGAACCUGUUUGCUCAGUAUCUCCCAUUAAUUAUCACUACUUUUCCAUUUAUUUAA